AUUGCGCGAAGAAGUGUGAAACCUUAUGGGAAUGCGUGCGGCAAAUGCGCGUGCUCAACUCCUACCCCCUCAAUAUGAACGUGAACAUGGAUCAAACACCUCUGUUCCUUGAGAUGCCUGUUGAGCGCACCCUCAAGAUGAAAGGCGCGCGUACUGUGCACGUGCGCACCGCGGG